AUGACAAGACUCAGCAAAGCCAAAGAUUCCGGCGGGAAGAAGACAAGGUGUCCCGUCAAGCGAUAUGAUGGCGAGAGGGCUCAGAACAACCUUUGGACGCGAUUUUGCAAGCGUGCAAAAUCCCUCAUGAGCAUUCACAGUGAUGAAACCGAACCCAAGCGUAUUCGCAUCAUACGCACACUGGAGAACCUUUGGCAACGGUCAACUACGAAGAAGAAGUCGUCGUUGCAAGAUGACGCCAUGGAGGCUGCAUCUCCCCAUACCCCGACGCUUCCUUUGGAGGAAGCCGUAGAAAAAGUGAUAGAACAGCUCAACCUCCUGGCACUCGAAAUCCAGGAUAUCAGACAGAUGCAGCAGGCAGAUAGGGCUUUGGCCCUUGAAAGAGCGAUACCUGAGAAUACUGGGCCGGGAUCUGCAGCACAAACCUGCAUCACUCCUGAGAUCAGGACAUCUGAUUCUGCCAGCUCCUCCGAUCCAAACACGGCGUCGUCUUGUGAGGAGCAUGAUGAGAUGGCUGAGAGCGCUUCGCCUGCGCAAUCCACACAGGGCCCAGAUGCCGAUAGCCCAGGAUCAUUGACUGACGCUAGCACUCCUCCAAAUGCAGAAUCUUCCUCCACGUCUCCCCCGACUUCGCCUGAUGUCAGCGAUGAAACGUGGCUAGAACCCCUUUUCGACGACAAUCAUAGCCAAAAACUACUCCACAUGAUCGAACAGUUCAGAUUCACAGACCUGCUCGAUAUUCACUACAUCAAGAACCUCCCAGAUCUUCAUAUGCGUGUCCAGAUGGUUUGCAACAAUAUGUUAAACAUUUACGGUGAUUUAAAGCGGAUCUGCUCUAUAUGGUUUGAGUUUACCAACGAAGCAUCCUCUAUUGCGAUGAUAGAAAUUCUCGAACCGUGGAAACAUAUUGGCACGGAAGCUACCAUCAAACUAUGUGAGAAUUUGCGGCAAGGCAAUCAAUUGUACCAGGAAUGGCUUGACUUGGUAGGGCAUCUCCGUGACGGCGAUGAAGAAUAUAUGGGCCAUGAUUGGUGGGCAGAGUAUGACAAGAGGUUGGCGGAAAUUGGGGAUGUGAGAAUGGAGGAGUUUCUUACCCAGAGUGAUGCGGUGCAAGAUCGCUACUCGGGUCGUGAACAGGAUAAAGUCCAUGACAACGAAGCCCCUGGAAAAACUGGCCAAACUGGCAGAGAACAGUCUUCAUCUUCAGGACUUGUUCAUCAAGACGCUUCUAGCGUUUUUCCCUCUUCACAAGAUCAGAGCAUAUCCCUGGAAAUCGAGCCAAGUUCAGAUCUGGACAGCAGCGCUCUUCAAGAUGCGGUGCCGAGACCUUCCAAUGAAGAACAGACCAGAAGUACGCCCGCUGAAACUAUUUCCCAACCUUCAUCAGAGCUAAGGAGAGAAAGAUAUCCGUUGAAAAUGCAUCAUCAUGAGGGAACAUCGCUUCAGCCUCCGCCACGCAUGAGACUUGCAGUGGCCAAUUCGAGGCCCAGAUCGCAUACCGCCACAGGACUCGCGCCAUUGCCUGAACUACAGGCGGUGAUUUCUUUCGAGCCAUCACAAUAUGCCGACGUGAGUAUCGCCGACUCUCCAAGGAGCGAAUACCCUGGUACAGACGGCCCAUGCGGGUUGAAAAGACAUCGAAUCCUCCUCCCACUGCUGCAAAACCAUCUUCUACCGCUGCCACUCGUCUCUCUGACCAAGAAAAUGACGAGUCUGCUUCUUCACGCAUGUACGGAUCGGCAUCGCUAUCCACUCGGAUCUCAGACGAGGAGCCAGGAGAGUCUCCUCAAGCUCAUCCCAGAGCAGAGCUCUAGACCGCACGAUGCGAACGCAAAUGCCGUGGUGGAUAUGAGUGGGCUCGAUGGUUCUGGUGUUUGCCAGAGUGGAGGACGCGUGGUUGAUAAUGCGGCGGGAGCUAGCAGUGUGCAGCAUGCAAACUGCAUAUUGAUCCAAUGGUAUCUCUCUCUUGGACUGCAGCUAUCGUCACCGGGCCGUUCCUCUUGCUUCAUCCCCACUAUGGUUCACGAUGAUCUUGAAUUUGGUUGGGGUGUUGUUAUGUCUCGGAGAUGGCGUUUUGAUCCUGAGAAGACUAUAGUUGAAGAUCUGCAACCAUACAUACUCCUCAUCGUCACACAGCGUCACACAAGACCCGCCUCCAUGGCGCGUCCGCACAACCAUCCUACCUCGUAUUUCCACGCUGUUGUACUCGUCCCGUGCGUCACGGAGCUUGCUUUUCCCAUGGCCAUGACUCUACAGCCGGCCUCGGCCGUGCAAAAUCACAGUGGCUGCCUGCAUUCUGCGUGGACCCCCCGAGCGAGCGUCUCUUCCGAACCGAUCGACGGCUGGGAAUCUUUCUUGCUGGAGUCGUCUACGCGUCCCCGCAAAAAGCCGUGCAACGCCAACGAAACGCUCAAACUGCUGCUGAUGAUGACGAUGCCGCAACUCGGACCCGCAGGUGGACGAUAUCUGCAAAGCGCAGGAUUUCACUGGCUAGUUGUUCAACUUUCGCUAUCUUGGAUGAUAUUCCCGAUGCCGCUGGUCAAACUGCCACCACAAGGCCCGUCUUCAAAUGACUCUCAUGCCUCGAAGCGCUGGCAGACGCAGAAUCGUAGACGCACCCUCCAGACGAUCAGCGAACUGACAGUGACGGAUGGACCCCCGCCCGACUUUGUCUCUUUCCUCGCAGCCAAGCGCGGCGAGGAGAUUGCAAAGAUGGCAAGGAAAGCGAACAAGGCCAGCAACAAAAGACAGAGUCUACCCCAACCGUACUGCACCAGUCCUACGUGUGUUCAGACACAGACUACCAUGACCACACCGUCCCUACGAUCCUCAACAUCGCACCACUCUUUUCGGGCCCAUGGCCCUGGGACCCCGGACUCGAGCAGGUACGAGGCAGGCUGGAAUGCUCGAAGAGAACGAGCACGGGCUCAACAAGCGCAAGAUUUCGUCAAUAUGAACGAUGUCCAUAUCACAUCUCGUCCACACCAGUCCCAGCCUUCUCCCACCACACACCGACUUCCCAUCCGCUCCAGCCAAGGAACCCCCAUCUCAUACACCACCCAUCACCACCAACACCAACCUCAACACCUCCUCCUCCGCAACAGCCGCUCCAUCACCGGCUUCAUCCCACCCACCGAAACCGACACCCCCACCCGCCACAGCACAGACUCCACUUCCUUCCAAUCCACCCCAUCCAACCCAAUCCGUCGCUCCCGCUCCGGCUCCUCCUCCUCCCACUCCUUCACCUCAUCGCAAACCACCCCGCCCCUUCCCUCCCAUAUCCCCAGCCCCUCUCCCACCCUACUACACCACCACCCCAUCCCACCCCUCCCGCCCCCCCUCCUACCAACGCUCCACUUCCCUCCCCUCAAUCCGCAUCGAACGCCCCCGCUCCGCACCCUACGACCACCUCCCCGCACCCCGCAUCGCCACGCUUCCGCGCGCCCAGAAGCGCGACUUCGACGUCAAGCGUGCGCGGCAGGAGAGUCUUGCGGCGUUGACGGCGGCUGCGGCGUGGGAUCGGGGGUCUGUGGGGCCGGGACGGUAUCAGGGGGCGUGGGAGCAGCAUUGUGCGUAUGUUGA